CAAAGUACCAUUUUUCAUGAGAUGCACAUUUCAAUGCAUGGAAUUUUGAGCGCACGCGUUUCUUGUUCAGCGAGCGACAUCAAGGUCACGACCAUCAAUCUCAAGUGAUUUCAUGUUUGGCCACCAGAAAGGGUAGAAAACUUCCAAACAUUCGUCGCCAACAUUAGUUGGGCCCAGGCGGGGGCAGUGCGCAAAGCUGCGCGCAAAAUGAGUUGCGGUCUGACCUGAGAACUAUGCAAAUUACUCAAACCUGCAAAAUAUGUAGUUGUGUUACCAAUGCUCUAUAACCAUGUAUGAGCUGGCAUCCGCGCGCUAGCUUCUGCGAUUGAUGGCGCCAGCCCGGCUGGAGAACCUGCUCUGCCUACUGGCCGUGGCUUUGAGCCUAUCGCUUCUGGUCGUUGCAAAUGGCCCGGCCGGCUUUACCCCACACUUCGACUACCUGGAGGCUCCAGUUGGCCACCUCAAGCCAACGGAGCACGAAUGGGCGCAACACCUGAGGGAAAACCUAGACGUAGACAUGGCGUAUUGGCGACAGCGGGGCCGGCUCAAAGCCAACGCCACAAUAGAACUGUACUACGACAUUAUGAAACGGCACUUCCUGCCUGCCGUAUUCAAGGUGGUGCUCAUCUAUAAGAACCAGAUCUACUUCCCACUGCGAGAUGACCCGCACGAGCGGGUGCCGCCACAGCCUUCGGCACCACAGAUGGAUGCUUUCUUUAGGCAGCUACAGCCGCUCCUGGACCGCGGAGAGAUCAGAAUGCCGGAUGUGCUGUUCACAUACAACGUGGAGGACAAUCAGCCGCGCUGGUGUGGUCCCGACAAGAACUGCACAGCGCCGCUCCUCAGCAUCAUCAAGACGGCGGACGGGGCGGCGGGCAGCGACACGGAUAUCCUCAUCCCGCAGUUCCUGUUCCUCGCCAAGUCCACGUACCACUACCCCUGGCACCUGAAGAAGGACGUCGCUUUCUUCAGAGGGACACCCUUCUGCAGCAACUGGUGGGCCGCCAAGUUUGAGCCCAAGUGCACAGCUCCCUGCACCAGGGCUUGGUUGUCGUUCCUCUCAAUGCAGGAUGAGGAGCAGGGCCGGGGUCAGUCGGUGCUGGAUGUGGCGUUGGUGGAACCAUACCUCGGCAGCAGCUCGUGCAUCUCCAAAAAGCCGCCAGUCAGGAAGGGCAUGCCCCUCGCCAACCACACGUACUUCAAGUACCUGCUGCACCUGGAGGGACACACCACCAGCUUCCGAUUGGGCAUGCUGUUCCACACCAACUCGCUGGUGCUUUACCAAAACCAGCCCUUCCUGGGCCACUACACACGGUCCUUGAGACCCAAUGUGCACUACGUGCCGUUUUGGAACACGACCUCACGAGGGAUGGGCAUGGAGGACAUCUACGACGUAAUGCAGGCGGUGAGACACAAGGACUCUGUCUACCCGCAAGAAAUCCAGCGGAUCAUCAGAGAUGCGCAACAGUUUGCAGUUAAGUACCUGAGCCUGUCGUCUCGCGCCCGCUACCUGCGCGACGCGCUCCAGUCCUACAAGUCGCUGUUUGAGGACAUGGACCCCUUCAUUGAGCAGCUGGUGGCGCGCAUGCGGGAGCGGGGGUUCAGGAUUCCGCACUACCAGGGGGUAGCGAGCGGACGGUGAGUGUCAGUGCGCGGCAAUGCGUCUUGGGAUCAGGCGGGGGCUGGCGCUGAGCCGCCAUGCAUGCGCAAGGGCUUCCUAAGGUGUAAUCGCAUGCGGAGUAUCAUUUGGCGGCGACUGCGUUGAGUAACCGUAUCAGGCCAGGGCGGCAGGAGUGGGGCAAGCACGGGGUGAUCGUGUAAAGUGCAUAGUACAUGAUAUUAUGGUGCAUUGAUGGUGGCCGUUGAUUCAAGGCCUCACUGAUUUGGGUGGUAUCGAAGGGGAGUAGGGGAGAGGCGGGAGGCCGUGAGCGACGAUGGUCUGGACGAUGCCUGUCAAGUCAAAGCCCGUUGUCGCAGGUCAGCCGUGCCGAGCAUGGAUUCCGCCUUCAGCUGCCCCAUACUUUACAGUGAACUACACGUCGCGCCGGAACCGAGCUGGGUCCACGACUUGCGGCAUGCGAGGGGGAACUUUAGAUU